AUGAAGGUUCUACUCGAGUCACAGGAAUUAUGGACAAUUGUUGAUGAUGGAUAUCAAGAACUGGGAUCAAAUCCCACCGAAGAGGCAACCACAAAAUAUCGUGAUUCAGUGAACAAGGAUAAACGAGCGCUGUAUAUUAUCUUUCAGUCUGUAAUCGAUACAGUAUUUGAAAGAAUUUCUCUAGCAAGAUCGGCGAAGGAAGCAUGGACCAUUCUACAUAAAUCAUACAAGGGAGAAAACCGGGUAAAAACAGUGAAACUUCAAUCUCUUAGAUAUGAAUUCGAUACGUUAAAAAUGAAAGAGGGUGAAUCUGUUGAAGAUUACUUCAACAGGACAACCCAUAUAGUAAAUCAAUUAAGAAUGAAUGAAGAAAAGAUAGAUGAACAGAGAAUUGUAGAAAAAAUCUCACGAAGCCUAACUCGAAACGAGUCGGUUGUGAUCACGGUAGAAGAAACGAAAAAUCUGGAAGAUGUUUCCACUGAAGAAUUAAUGGGAAUUCUUCAAUCUCAUGAAUUGAGAUUGAAGCAGUAUGAUGAUAGUCCAGUCGAACAUGCAUUUCAAGUGUCAAGUGCAAACCAAGACCGAAAUAAACAAACAUAUAGAAAUGAAUCUGUAGGGAAAGGACGAUAUAAGAACAGGGGUCGGAAUAUGAAUUCGAUUAGGUGUUUUAAUUGCCAUAAACUUGGUCAUACCGCUAAGUUCUGUCAACAAAAGGAUGAACGUGGAAGAUCGGAUAAUGUAUUAAUUCAUAAGGAGGAAGAAACAGAUGAACAAGAAGACACUAUGUUCAUGAUAUUCAAUAUGGAAGAGACAGUCAAAAGUUAUUGUUGGUAUCUCGAUAGUGGCUGCAGCAAUCAUAUGACAGGUAACCGAGAACUUUUCACUCAUCUCGAUGAAUCGUUAAAGAAAGAGGUAAUGACGGGUAGUGACAAACGGUUGGAGGUAUUGGGCAGCGGAGAUGUCUCUAUUUCGAUACGAGGACGAGCAAGGAAGAUACCAAACGUGUUUAUGUGA